AUGGAAAAAUCCAAAAAUUUCCGCAUCGAUGCGCUGCUGGCCGUGGACCCCCCGCGAUCAUCCUCGGCGCAGACCGCGCCGCUGGCCCUGGUCACGUCGCUCGCGGCCGCCGCGUCCGGCCCAGGAGGCGGCGGCGGCGGCGGCGGGGCGAGCGGCGGCUGCAGCCCCGCGUCCUCGGAGCCGCCCGCGGCGCCCGCCGACCGUCUGCACGCAGAGAGCCCCUCGCCGCCGCGCCUGCUGGCCGCACACUGCGCGCUGCUGCAGCCCGGCUUCCUGGGCGCGGGCGGCGCGGGCGGAGGCGCGGGCGGCGCGGGCGGCGGGCCCGGGGGGCCCCACCACCACGCGCACCCUGGCGCCGCGGCCGCCGCGGCCGCCGCCGCCGCUGCCGCCGCCGCCGCGGGGGGCCUGGCGCUGGGGCUGCACCCCGGGGGCGCGCAGGGCGGCGCGGGGCUCCCCGCGCAGGCGGCGCUCUACGGCCACCCGGUCUACGGCUACUCGGCGGCGGCGGCGGCGGCCGCGCUGGCCGGCCAGCACCCGGCGCUCUCCUACUCCUACCCGCAGGUGCAGGGCGCGCACGCUGCGCACCCCGCCGACCCCAUCAAGCUGGGCGCCGGCACCUUCCAGCUGGACCAGUGGCUGCGUGCGUCCACCGCGGGCAUGAUCCUGCCCAAGAUGCCCGACUUUAACUCCCAGGCACAGUCUAGCCUGCUGGGGAAGUGCCGCAGGCCGCGCACGGCCUUCACAAGCCAGCAGCUGCUCGAGCUGGAGCACCAGUUCAAGCUCAACAAGUACCUGUCACGGCCCAAGCGCUUCGAGGUGGCCACGUCGCUGAUGCUCACGGAGACCCAGGUGAAGAUCUGGUUCCAGAACCGGCGCAUGAAGUGGAAACGCAGCAAAAAGGCCAAGGAGCAGGCGGCGCAGGAGGCCGAGAAGCAGAAGGGGGGCGGGGGCGCCAGCAAAGGUGGCAGCGCAGAGGACAAGGGAGAGGAGGAGCUGCUGGGGCCGCCGGCGGUCGGGGACAAAGGCAGCACACGCCGCCUGCGGGACUUGAGGGACAGUGACCCUGAGGAUGACGAGGACGACGAGGACGAGGACCACUUCCCCUACAGCAACGGCGCCAGCACGCACGCCGUCUCCUCCGACUGCUCCUCCGAGGCUGACUCGCCGCCUCCGCGGCCCGGCGGCCCGGGGCACCAGCCCCUGCCCCAGUAG